UAUGUUCAUAAAAAUAAAAAAAAAAAAAAAAAAAAAGUUUACAAGGUGCGGCUCAAUCAAAAUCUCUUCGCCGGCGCAGAAACUCACUGCUACUAUUUACUAUUUCUAAGGUUUCAAAUCUUCAUUCAUGUCUGAUCGGCACUGUCACAGAAAUCACCUACACGACCUAAUUUCUUUCUAUUAUUAUCGAUCUUAGUUAUGUCAUUUACAGUCACUCUAUCAUCUCCUUUUUCCUUCUCUCAAACACACCACCACCGGCACCAACGAAGAACUCACCACUUCCAAUCUCAUCCCGAAUCGACCAUCCGACUUCUCUCUCACAAAGCUCCUCCUCCUUUUCUUCUUCUGCUUCCUCAAGCUUCUAGGAGAAUUUCUAGUUUGAAUAGUAAUAAUGGCAAUCUCGUAGAUGAUCCUCGGAAUUGGAGUCGAUCGAUUAACAAUGAAUUUUUGAAUGAUGAUGAUGAAGAUGAGGAGGAAGAUGAGGAUGAAGAUGAAGAUAGGAGUUUGGAUCUGUUGGUUAGGUUCAUUCAAAAUGUUUUCAAGAAGGUAUCUAAACGAGCCAGGAAAGCGGUGCGAUCGGUCUUGCCUGCUUCCAUCUCCACCAAAUUGGUGGGGUUUUCCGUAAAUGGGGUCCUAAUGCUCGCACUUUUGUGGGUUUUGAAGGCUUUUCUUGAGGUGGUUUGCACGCUUGGAAGUGUAGUUUUUGUAAGCAUCUUACUCAUACGUGGAAUAUGGUCCGGGAUAACCUAUCUACAAGAAAGCCGGUAUCUUAAGAUGAAUGAACUUGAUGAUGACCACGCGUGGACUGGCACACAACCUGCAACUUGAUUUGUCUACUCAGAAUACGAAAUGAUACAAGGAUUCAAUCCCAAUCAAGAAUGAAGGCAUCAUUAGAAUAAAGCAUCCAAAAUAAAGGAUGUUGAGAAGAUGGGAUAAGGGGAUUUCAGUUAGCAUGUCCAAUAAUUUACUGAUAUGAAAGUUGCUUCUCACAUGAAGAUCCAGCAGAGCAUAUUCCAAUUUGAUAUUAAUAGAGAACUGAAACUAAAAACAGAGGAAAGAUUUAGCUGUAUGUGGGUGGGCAUGACUGCCCCUUUAUAUAUUCACACAAAGUACAUUCAUCUAUUAGUUCAUUUAGUUUAUCUUGUAGUACUCUUUAGCUCAAAUUUACAUGUUAACAUCACAUUAACAAUGUUGUAUUAUAAUCAUUCUCAAGCUUAUAAGUGAGGUGAAAUCAUCCCAUUUCUGAAUAA